AUGAUUGCACGUCCAAAGCUCUUCUUACCGCGCCGCGUGGUCGCCCGGCCUUUCUCGGUCUCCCGUCCCCGCUGGGAGUCCGCAGCUCUACCUGCCCGCAAGCCUGUAGGGGCUUUUAGAGGAGGUGUCUUCGGCUUCCUCACUGGCGCCGUUGUUGCCGGCGCGUCAGUCUACUAUUAUAUCCUCGGUGACUACCGUGUCGCCAAUGAGAUGCUGUCUGAUGACAUUGGUGCCCUUCAAACAGCUACCAUGAAGCUCCAGUCAUACAUCACCGAGCUGGAGAGCAAGGUCAACGGCCUGCAGAAGAAAUAA